AUGCCUGCGGCCACUGAAUCCCAGAUCCCCCUCGUCCAAUACCCAUGGACACGAAUUCGACAGUUGGGUGUGGGGAGUGUUAUGGGUGUCCCAGGUGACAUGAACCUGGAGCUACUCGACUACAUCGACCAAGUUAAUGGCCUAUCGUGGGUGGGAAAUGCCAACGAGUUGAACGCUGCAUAUGCCGCUGAUGGGUAUGCUAGAGUUAAAGGCUGCCCUGGUGUUGUCGUGACUACAAUGGGAGUCGGAGAGCUUAGUGCCCUCAACGGCGUUGCCGGCGCAUAUACGGAGCAGGUCAAGCUCAUCCACAUCGUGGGCACAACUCCGACCCAUGUCCAGGCCAAGCAUCUCAUGAUCCACCACAGCCUGGGGCCAAACCCAGAUCACAAGGCCUUUGAGAAGAUCUCGGCCCACGUUCGAUGUGCUCAUGCAUGGUUGGAAGAUGCAGCAACAGCUGGCGCCGAGAUCGAUAGAGUCAUUGGAGAAUGCCUACUGCGUUCACUCCCAGUCUACCUUUUUGUUCCUAUGGAUUUCGUCCAUGUACCCAUCGAUGCUUCACCUCUUCGAUCACAUAUCGAACCCAAUCACCCCAUUGACGUCGCCAACGAAACAGAGGUGCUGUCAACUGUCAUCAAAGCCUUGCAGAUGGCAAAGAACCCCCUAUUGCUGGUCGAUUGUCUUACAGAUCGCCAUGGGGCUGCACAAGAAGCUAGAAAACUAGCUGAUCGCCUCGACUUUCCCAUUUUCUCGACCUCUAUGGGAAAGACGAUCAUCGAGGAGACUCACCCACGAUACUGCGGUGUAUACAAUGGCGAAGUGUCUUACCCCGGUGUCAAGGCUGCUGUGGAGAGAAGCGAAUGCAUCCUGAAUCUCGGUCCUCUUCUCGCUGACAGUAACACUGGUGGGCACACAAGAGAGAUUCGGCCUGAACAGGUGAUUCUUGUGGAGCCUGAUAGUUGUACAGUCUUUGGAGCCACUUACAAACAAGUCUACCUGAAGCCAUUUCUCCAGAAGCUAUUGAGCGCCCUGGAAACGGUCAGGCUGCCUUCCCCAGCACUACCAGUACUGCCGAGCCAACCAGUGCCAGAAGACGCAGAUUCCAAGAAAAUUGUUCAAUCUUGGAUCUGGAAGCGACUUGGUGAGCUUACGCGACCGGGAGAUAUUCUCAUCGCAGAGUCUGGCACAGCCCAGUUCGGAUUCCCCGAUGCCACGUUUCCAGCUGGUGCCAAGUAUGUGACACAGGUCUAUUACGGCAGCAUUGGGUACUCGGUUGGGUCCUGUUUGGGUGUUGCGAUCGCCCAGAGAGAGUUGCAAGCCGAGACUGGCGUGAAAGAUGGACGCACUAUUCUUGUCGUUGGAGAUGGUAGCUUGCAGCUGACUGUGCAGGAGGUCGGGACAAUGAUCCGACUGGAGCUUAACCCUCUACUCAUCGUCAUUAAUAACAAGGGCUACACGAUCGAAAGAGCCAUCCAUGGUCCUCAGGCUGGCUACAACGACAUCGCAUCUUGGCGCCACCAAUCUCUGCUGACCUUCUUUGGCGCCGCCAACGCCAAGGAGUCAAGCCGAGAGGUCCACACAAAGGAGGAGCUGGACAGGGUAUUUCUGCUGCCGGAGUAUCAAUCUCCUAAGAAUAUUCAGCUCCUUGAGGUGCAUAUGGACGUGAUGGAUAUCCCUUGGCGACUGCGGAACCAAAUUGCGAUUGUCAAUACACGGGCAAAGGCUGGAAAGGUUAGCUUGGAGGCAGCUCUCACCGUUGUCCUUCUUCUGUUGCUGGCUGAGUAUCAUGAACUCGGAUGCCGUAAAGCCUGUACUAGCUUUGGCCGGGAGGCCAAGCUUCCUGGUUUGGAGGUAAUGCGAAAUUCUUAG